AUGCGUGCAAUUGGAGGCCGGGGUGUCAUCGUCUGGUGGUCACAAUUCGCUCGGGGAGAAAGUUUGGAAGGACAAGAUGACGUGUUUACAUAUGGAGGAAGCUCUAUAAAAGCAGACUUUGGAAGGCAUCUCUGUAUCGCAGUCACUCACCCAGUCCCAAAUUCCAAACCCGAAUCCAAUACUUUCAAGCUUACGUUCAAAACGAUGACUUCGAACGAAAGUGGUCCUUCUCGCGUGUUGUUCAACGAGAGCACUCGUCACGACGUGUACCCCUUUAUCGACCCAACUAAACCCGAGCUCAGCGUGAAAAACAAAGUCGUUCUCGUUACGGGCGGUGGUCGUGGUAUUGGCAUCAACAUUGUGGAGUCCUUUGCCAAAGCGCAGGCCAAAACCAUUAUCCUCACCGGCCGCUCCGAGUCUAGUCUUCUCUCCACCAAGGCUUCACUCGAAAAGACUUAUCCAGAGACCACAUUUAUUCCCUCGACGGUGGAUAUCGCAUCCCCAGAGAGCGUCGAUAACCU